GCGGACUCCAAGUUUCAAGCAGCACGCUUGGGCGAGGCUCACUGUUGGACGGCGUGCUCUUCGUCCUUUCUACUCUUCACUCGAAAAUAAGGCUCAAUAGUGAUCAAUGCCCCUACCUUCGACCUCUGCUGAGACCUUUUCUCCCGAAGAACUCUACAAUGUCGUCUGCGGCGCUGCGUCUCAGGACCCAACACAAUUGCAGGCAUCGGCGACACGGCUGAAGGAAAUCCUGCAACUGCCUGGUGCAUUUGAAACGCUAUAUGAGAUUGCAUCACAGAGAACAGUGCCGUUAGCUGUGCGCCAACAAAGUAUCAUUCAGUUCAAGAACAACGCCGUAAGUCAGUGGCGUUCCAGGAAACUCUUCUCAGACGAUCACAGGCAACGCAUACGUGCGAGGUGCUUGUCGCUGCUUGACGAACCUGACGAUGUUAUUGCUGAAUGCAAUGAAGUCAUCGUCGCCAAGAUAGCACGCAAUGACAUGCCUCAGAACUGGCCUGCCUUGAUUCCAAAUCUACUGGGGACCAUUGGUACGAACAUCGACGCACGUUACGGAGGUGGCCAGGGUGGAUCGACUAUACAACUGCGGCGCAGCUUGGAGGUGCUCAAUGCAAUAUUGAAGGAGAUGAUGAGUGUCAAGUUGCCUAGUGGGGUGAAGGUUAUGGGGGCACUUGUGCAAGAGCUUCAUCAAAAUCUGCAGGGCCAUUACUCUCGAGUGGCAUUGUCCUUCCCUACAACCAUAACCCCCGUCUCAAUAUCUCAAAUCCGUACCGCGGAAGACCUGCUGUUCGCUCACCUCAUAUUCAAGUGUGUCGUCAAAUCUGCCGAAUGGGCUUGGAACCGCAUUGUGCACAAUAACUAUGAGAAUCUCGAGCCCUGGAUUCAACAACUCUUCCAAGCCUCUGCUAUGCAGCUACAGGCCCUCUCGGAACUUCGCAUCAACAUCAUGCUAGCACUGCAAACCGGUCAAACAGACAAGAUUAGUGCUCAUUCCAUCGACAUCUUGACUCGUCAUGUCAGGCUUUUUGGAAAACUCUUCCGACGAAUGCAGCAACUGUCUCCAUCGCGAUUUGUGGCGCUGCCUAUAUAUAGCGAUCUCAUUCUAUAUUACUGGAGCAAAGUCGUACAGGCAUCGAAUGCGCCAGCCGACGCAAUCGCGGACACGCCGACCGCUGUGUUCCCUGUCCGCUUCCUUGUUCAAGCGAUGGUACUGUUCAAAGACAGCCUAGCCCAGUGGGCACCUGUUCGCAAGGAUGGCUCUCAGAAUGCGAACGCACUAUCCAAGGAAUUCGUCGAGAAUGCGGUGCAAUUGCUAGUGACGAGGUUCAUCCCGCUGAAUCCAUCUGACCUCGAAGAGUGGGUUUCGGAUCCGGAAGGGUGGGUCAACCUCGAAGAGCAAGACAACGAGCAGUGGGUGUUCGAGAUACGCCCGUGUGCGGAACGAGUGCUCAUGACGCUUGCUAACAACUACCAGCAAUACGUCACACCUCUCCUCGACACCACCUUCAAGCAAGCUGUCGGACAACGACCUGUUGAUCUUCCAGGCGUCGUCCAGAAGGAAGCGCUCUACUGUGCUGUCGGCCGGUGCGCAACACGCCUGAAGGACCUGAUCCCCUUCGGUCAAUGGCUCGAGCAUACGUUGAUGGCUGAAGCCCAGGACCCAAGUGCCAGCUACCCAAUCCUGAAGCGCCGUAUAGCCUGGCUAGUGGGCAAGUGGAUUGCAGACGACUGCUAUCCAGCAAACGACGCGAAGAUUUGGCAGGUCCUCCUCUAUCUCCUGCGAGACCGAGGGCAGGGCUCUGAUGACGUCGUGAGGCUAACUGCCGCCAUGGCCCUCAGAGAAUGUGUCGACACUUUGUCUUUCGACAUUGACGUCUUCGCUCCCUUCCUUGCGACAGCCGUCAAUGAGCUCGUACGACUCAUGGCCGAGGCGGAGACCCUUGAGGCCAAGCGCCGCAUUGCGAAUAGCUUGAACACUGUCAUCGAAAGGGCAGAAACAAGGAUCGUCCCUCUCAUCGGAAAUAUAGCCCAGCCCCUUCCUCAGCUUUGGAGUGCUGCCGGAGAAGACUGGCUGUUCAAAACGAGUUUAUUGGGCACGCUGACGAACCUUGUACAGUCGUCCAAGGAACAUUCUGUCAUUCUCACAGGCCUUGUCGUCCACUUAAUCCAGCAGAGCUUCACUCCAGGAGCACAAUUGCACCUCGAUCAAGAUGCCCUUGUUUUGUGGCUGGCUGCUAUCCGCAACACUGUAACGCUUGAAGGUGUUGAUGGGGGACCGGGCUACAUUAUCCCUUUCCCGCUAGUCAUCUCGCUUCUGUCCGAAAAUCUUGACCUGCUUGGCAGCAUCAGUGAAAUCGUUGAUUCAUACAUCCUGGUCGAUGCAACGCGUGUACUACAGUUGUACGCAGUGGAGCUUUUCCAAGCCUUCGCAAAAGCAAUGACUCAGGCAGUCGAAACAAACGUCGGCGACAUGGCGAAGAUUUUGAGCACACUAUUCCAGAUUGGGCCACCUCAACUCUGGGGAGAACCCUUGCACAGAUCCGGUCUCUUUGCGCUUGUUGUAAAAACUCUCAUGGACGACAAGGCGAAGACGUCCAUCCUCACGGAGGAAAUCUACGUCCUCGCCCGAGUCGCGGUUGCCAACAAGCAGCUCUUCCUGCAACUCAUGCAAGCUACCGCCCAGGCGAACAAUGUUCCCGAGAACCAGAUCUGGGAAGGGGUGCUGGACCAAUGGUGGACGAGGUUUGAUAACAUGUCCGAGCCUCGACUCCGCAAGCUGACGGCGAUGGGCAUCGCAAGCCUCGUGUCGACCGGUCGUAAGGAGGUGCUAGAACGACUAUCCUCUGAUGUUUUCAAUCUAUGGCUGGACGUGUUUGGAGAGAUCAAGGAGACUGAGAACCAGGAUGCCGAGCCCGGAAGCCCCACUUUGACGCGGUACUGGGAUAGGCCGACCGACGAUUUCUUCCAGGGCUCAGAGAACACGCUCGAGUACGAGCGUCGCAAGGCGCUGUACGAGAACGACCCUGUACGCACCACGAAACUCACGACAUAUGUCGCGGCGUGUCUACAGGAAGCAGAGAUUGCGUGCGGCGGGCCAGCCAACCUACAGGCGAUGUACCUCGCCAAGGCCGACCCGACCGUCCUCAAUCAGCUGCAAACAGAGCUCGCUCGUCCAUGAUCUUGAAAUCCUCACGACUAUCUCACGGUUAGCUGUAUCAAAUCUAUGUCUGUGAUGAUGGCCGACUGACUUAGCGAGCCAGCUAUCUCAUUGCACCUUCGAAUAGCUAUCGAGCAACUGGUUUCUUUGCAUAGAUACAGAACCUACGCUGCACGCGCCAGUCUUAUCAUCCGGUCUUCUUGGAUGCUUGUCUCACAGAUCCUACUGGAAUGUAUUGUAUCGCACGCCUACUAAUGAACGGUAUGACCGAAUGUU